CGCACUGAGUCUCUUCCUCUCUGGGCUCAGACCUAGUUUGCGGCGACAUGGCUAAACGCACCAAGAAGGUCGGAAUCGUGGGUAAAUACGGGACCCGUUAUGGUGCCUCCCUCAGGAAAAUGGUGAAGAAGAUUGAAAUAAGCCAGCACGCCAAGUACACUUGCUCCUUCUGUGGCAAAACAAAGAUGAAAAGACGAGCUGUGGGGAUCUGGCAUUGUGGCUCCUGCAUGAAAACCGUCGCUGGUGGCGCUUGGACCUACAACACCACUUCUGCUGUCACAGUAAAGUCGGCUAUCAGAAGACUGAAGGAGGGGCGCCUGGAUGCAAUAGACCCAGACUCUUUCUGUUCAGAGGAUGACACAAAGUAUAGGAUUUCUUUGCCGCAGCACAUUCUCUAUCACAUUCCCAAUAGGAAUGCUUCUGAGGCCACGGUUAUUAUGUUUAUCUGCCAAACUGCUGGCUAA